UCCCUCUCUCUCACCUCGCCCCUCCCCCUCUCUCCCUCUCUCCUUUCCCCCUCCGCCGCCAUCGCCGCCGCCUCGUCGUCGUCUCCCCUCAGAAUGAGCUCGCACAAGACGUUCAAGAUCAAGCGCUUCCUGGCGAAGAAGCAGAAGCAGAAUCGGCCGAUCCCCCAGUGGAUCCGCAUGAAGACUGGGAACACGAUCCGGUACAACUCCAAGAGGAGGCACUGGAGGCGCACCAAGCUGGGCCUGUGAGGAGGAGGAGGAGGAGGGGCCUCCAUGGAGGAGGGGGGGUGGGGGUGGAGAGGCGGUGGACUCAACAUCCGCAGGGAAUCGCAGACAGACCGCAGCGGCGACCUCGCCCCACCACUCCUCGCCCCACCACUCCUCGCCCCACCACUCCUCGCCCCCGCACACGGUCGUCCGCUCGCCCACCCCCCCCAACGCCAAGCCCAGGGCUGUCGAGCUUUUGAAAUAAACCCUGAUUGAGACGCAA